UCUUCAAAUCAAGCGCUUGAUACCCUUCAGUCUGUUUUGUUUAUUCAAAGCUGUAGAGAAAAGCCUGUCGUCUUGUUUCGUCAUUUCCUUUCCUUAAUCCGCUCUCCCCCGCAAACGAGACCAUCCAGAGAAGACAACAUGACGAGCCCCGAAGUUUCUCACGGCCGUGGCGGCGCAGGGAACAUCAACCCCGACGACACCAAAUACGUCGAUGGCGAGAUUGUGCGCGAGGGCACCCCAGGCAGCCACGGCGACGGGGCUUUUAGCACCGGCCGAGGAGGCGGCGGCAACAUCGGCGACGCAGGGAAGCCCGCCUCCGUGCGCCACGACAAGGACGUGGUCCCCGAAGCGGCACAGCUGCCACCCCAGAACGUCGACCGCCAUGUCGGCCGCGGUGGCUCCGCCAACGUGCACCUUGCGCCCGAGCACCAAGCCCACAAGAAGCAGGCCGACGCUGCGCCGCACCCCGAAUCGGCCCAACAGACUAGUCUGGCUGAUAAGCUCAAAAGCAAGGUUAUGGGCGUUUUCAAGAAGUAGGCGAGGACGCCUGAGACCAUUGGUGGGGCGUGGUGGGUUUGGUUUGUGUGCGAAGAUAUCUCCAAGGAGGGGAUUGGCGAAGAACUAGAUUGAUGGUGGUAGUGAUGUUGUGACAGGCGAUGCGGUAUGAGCCCCGAGAGGCAUCGUCGUGGCCUUUUGACUUCGUUUGAUCUAAUACUCGCCAGUAUAAAAAUUGCUGGCGUAGAUGUUUUUACAACGAUAUCCUUCUGUUUUCCCCUUAUCGAGUACAUAUUCACCAUAAGCUCUCUGCUGUCGCUGUGUAGCCCUGCACCGGAGGAUUGAGGCUGCUUGUGAAUUCACACCACGUUGCAAACUCAAGGAUGGGCAUCCAGAGGGCAAUAGCUAGAUGAGGCAAACCACAUUAAUGAAAAACUGAUUUUGAGG